GGGACAUGGCAGGCGCGACAGUUCCAAUGCCUCUGCCAUCUCACGCUCCUCAUUAAAGCGCCCGCAUCUCGGAUCGCGUCGUGAGCAGUAUCUUUUGUCGCAGGCACGGGACAGCACCCUGUCCUGCGGGUAGCUAUAUACCGUAGUCACGUCCAUGGGCCGCGACUGUUGUCCCUCUCCCUUUCGCAGUCCACCAUCCACACCAGUCACACUGUGACCACCAUGAUAUCACUCUCCUUUUCCCGUGCUCCAUCUUCGAUCUUGACCCUCAGUGCCAUCGUUGCUCUUUGUGUCUCAUCUCUCUUCUUCUGGACACCCGCCGUUUCUUCCUCGCACCCUCCCUCAGGCUUCGCCAAGCGUUUCGCCAACCAGACAGCCGUAGAUGCCUGCAAGUCCAUCCAGUUCACCUCGAAAGACAGCACCAUCCAGUAUGAUCUCGCUAGCGCCUUUUCGUCGUACUUUGGCUACUACAUGACCUCGUCAUCCAACACGCCUGCGUGCCUCGUCAAGCCAACGACAGCUGAUGAUCUGUCGGCGGUGAUGAAGGUGAUUGGCCAGAAGCGUAUCAACUUCGCCAUUUCGAGUGGAGGCCACACAGGUAACCCAGGAUUCUCGAGUACGAAGGGCAUCCAGAUCACCAUGAAGGGAUUCCAGGGCGUGAAGCUGUCUUCCGACAAAUCCUAUGUCGAUGUAGGCUCCGGCAACAUCUGGGACAAUGUUUACGCUGUACUCGAGGGGAGCGGGCGCAACAUCGUGGGCGGGCGCGUGACCGGGGUGGGGGUGGGCGGCUUCGUUACCGGAGGAGGCGGCUUCAGCUGGCUCACAAACCAGUACGGCCUGACGGUCGACACGGUACAGCAAUUCGACAUGGUCCUUCCCGACGGAACGCAAAAGAGCGUCACAGCUUCGUCCGACCCUGACCUCUUCUGGGCUCUCAAGGGUGGUGGAAACCGUUUCGGUGUCGUGUACAAUUUCCGCCUGUCCACUGUCCCCCAGAGCGCUCAAGUCUGGGGCGGGCUGAAGACGUACACAGAGGACCAGAUCCCGGCCAUCGUGAACGCUACUGCCGAGUUUAGUAAGGAGAACAAGGAUCCCAAGGCGCAGGUAAUUCCUACGUACAAUUUCGUUCUCGGUGCGCCGGGCAUCUCGCUCCUCGCCUUCUACGACGGACCAUCCCCGCCGGCUGGAACCUUUGAUAUGUUCGACAGAGCUAAGAGCUUCACGGCCGACUGGAAGGCGAGAUCCUUCGGCGAUCUUGUGCGAUCAUCCCCUUCCAAUGCAACAGGAGGCCACAGGGGAGCGUUCCACACCGUGUCCUUCACAGACUACUCGGUUGAUUUGCUCAAUGCCAUUGUGGACGAGGUCAAGUUCUACGGACAGCAGAGCUUCACUCGGUCUGGAUUCUUCAUCUCGUACGACGUUGAGCCCUUCCUCAAAUACCCAGCCAAGGAUGCCGCGUGGAAGCACACCAACUCCCCCCUGCCGUUGAACAUCUACUACGUCUGGGACAACCCUCAGGACGACAACUACUGGCGCAAGGAGAUUGUUGCGUCUGCCAAUCGCCUCACGGAGAAGGCCAAGACAGAGGGCCAGCAGCUCGACGGUUUACUCCUUUACCCCAACUAUGCCAUUGACACGACUCCUAUCGACCGCAUCUUCGAUUCCGCUUCGCUCCAAAGGCUCAAGUCGAUUCGCAGCAAGGUCGACCCGAACAACGUCAUGGGCUUGACGACGUCGUUCAAAUUCUGAGCGAGGGGGCGAUCCCCUACGCGCUUUUUUCUUGCUUUCCUCUACGCGCUGUUCCUUCUCCUCUAAUCGAUGUCGUCCUUGCAAUAAUCCAUCAUCGUUGGUUUGGGAGUUAGUCGCCGGUCGUAAGAAGGUCCUCUCGAGCCGGACGCAUCAUGCCGUCGGCUCAGAGCUGCCAGUCGGUCGAUCGAUCGGAGAAAAGCCACAGCUGGGCUGCUGAACUGCUCCACUGCUGCAGGCGUGAGCGGGCCGAGGAAAUUGUGAU